AACAUUUUUUCGCUAGACUUUCCUAUAAAAAUGUCGGUACAAGUACCAAUAAGAUGCAGUGCCCUGUGUGCAUAAAAUUCAACGCCAAUGCAGCGUUAACAAAUUAAUUAAACCACUAUUGUUAGCAACAACGCAGUCAACUACUCCACUGUAUUUUAGUUUCUUGUUCGACGCUUGGUUGCAGGCAGCAGCAGCAGCAGUUAUUGUUGAACGAUACGCCAGCGCCAUGCUCAUAAGAAACGCCUCAAGUAGUCAACGAAAUCGAGCAAGUGCCAAAAAUCGCAGAAACUCAAGAGCGUGAGCACCCACUCCGGCCCAAGUCGAGUGUAGCAAGAGCUACGUUUGGCCCAAGCAAUUCAAGUGAAGCAAGCCAAGAAAGACGGAGAGAGAGAGAGGCGAAGACCAAACUAGUCAGACGCUAGACAGUUGCAUUUAUAUUUGAUCUUAAGCGACUUAUCAUCAACCAUGGGCAACAAGAACUCGUGCUGUGCGUACUCCAGUCCGCAGUCGGAUCGCAAGUCGAAGGAUAUACCGCCGGUGUUUGAGGAGAGGCAUCAGUUGCCGCACACAUCGCAACAUCAGCUAGACGGUCACCAUGGAUCUGGUGGCGCCACGAUGUCCGUGCAUCAUCAUCAACAUCAGCAGGGCAGCAGUGGCGAUAACUUUGAGAAUCAACAGAAUCUGCAGCACAUCUCGGAGCGUGAGGCGCUCGAGGGUGAAGAGGAUCCUUCUGUGGAUCCCACGGCAGCUACCAUGUUUCUGGAGCGCUCCAAAGUCGAAAAUGGCGGCAUUUCACGUAAGCGCUCACAGCAUCAAAUCGCACAACAAAACAGCAGCAUAGGAGGCGGCGGAGCUCACACACCUGGCGCCAACAGCUCUGGCGGCGGCACUGGAGGUGGCCUCAAGAAGAGCUCCUCCUGUUCCACAAUCUAUUUAGAUGACAGCACUGUGUCCCAACCGAAUUUAAAGAACACAGUCAAAUGCGUUUCUCUAGCAAUUUACUAUCACAUCAAGAAUCGUCAGUCGGAUCGACGUUUGGACAUAUUCGACGAGAAGCUGCAUCCAUUAACACACGACCAUGUGCCCGACAACUAUGACACCCUUAAUCCUGAGCAUCGACAGAUCUACAAGUUUGUGCGUACGCUCUUCAAUGCCGCCCAACUAACGGCCGAGUGUGCCAUCAUAACGUUAGUCUAUCUGGAACGUUUGCUCACCUACGCGGAACUUGAUGUGGGGCCGUGCAACUGGAAGCGCAUGGUGUUGGGUGCCAUACUGCUUGCAUCUAAGGUGUGGGAUGAUCAGGCCGUGUGGAACGUGGACUACUGCCAGAUACUCAAGGAUAUUACGGUCGAGGAUAUGAAUGAGUUGGAGCGUCAGUUUCUGGAGCUCUUGCAGUUCAACAUUAAUGUGCCCUCUUCCGUUUAUGCCAAAUACUAUUUUGAUUUGCGCACGCUUGCCGAGGCAAACGAGCUCAAUUUUCCCACAGAGCCGCUAUCAAAGGAGCGUGCACAGAAACUGGAGGCCAUGUCGCGCGUUAUGCAGGACAAGGUGACAGCCGAGGCGCUUAAGAAUGGCAUCAAGAAAUGGUCCUCAAUGGACAACGUCAGUCAGGGCGGUCCGCGGCGAAGCGUGGCCAUAUUAUCGUGAUUUAUAUUAGCUUAUUAAAAACUUAAAUCUAUAUUCAAUUCUGUAGAAACCGUAGCGGUACCGUACUGUCCUCUCCACAAACAAACUGAAACGAUCGCGCCUGUAAGUGUAACUAUCACAAUUUGUUUAAUUUCUACUGCAUUUCGACAAACUUAAAUUUAUACAUUUCGCAAGACUUCAAGAACACACUGUCAUCUUAUUAAGUGUAAUAACGUUAAAUAACUACGCGAGUUUGUUUAGCAAAAUACACCAAAUUUGACAAGCAUCUAACCAGAAAGCACAACCAAAACAAAACAAAUAACGAACAUCUUUCACACACACUCACACCAAGUCUCGAAUUAAGGACCACUUUUUAUAUAUAUACAAUGGUAUAGAAUGCUUAUUCUAGCAUAUUUGUAUAUUAUUGUAGGCGAAACUAGCGAUUGCAGUCAAGGAUUUGGAUGAUUUUAACAUAUGCUUACAACUAGAAGAGCGCGUAACCAAUUGCCAAAAAUAUGAAAAAGAAAAAUAAACAUAAACAUAAACUCAAAGAAAUUGCACUGUAUAAAAUGCUUGAAUAUUAAAUAUUGUAUUUUGUAAUUGGUUUAGUCACUAAAAAAAAAAAAAAAACAAAUCGAAUUAAUCUCAAUGGAUUCCAAGGUGACUAAUCCAAAAUGAAUUUUAGCAACUGCGCCCCGAAACAUUAUUUUUGUACAAGUUUUACGAUUUUUUUGGUUUUCCUUAAUUUCAAUUAUGUGAUUUCUUAUAGAUUUGUCUUAGUUCUAAUAUAUAUACAUAUAUAUAUAUAUACUUGGGGAACGAUCGCUAACGGCUUCCUCGCCCUAUGCUUAGGGCGCAGCACAAUUAUGGGGCGUGGCCUGCGUCAGAAUAGAUUUCUGUUUUGGUUCAUACUAACAUAAAAAAACAGCGCAAUAUUAACCCAAGAUUUGCGAGUACAUUAAUAUUUAGUCACAUAAGAAUACGAAUUAUAUGCAAAUGUAUUUUAUUUUGUAAUUUAUUUUACGAUAACGCGAAAU